AUGUCGUUCAAUUUUGCCUGCCUCAUCACAUUGGUCCUCUUGGCUUCCAGCGCCUCCGCUGCUCUCAUUCCUCGUCAAGAUAAGUCAUGGACUGUUGCAUUGAAUGAUCGGCCGGUACGAGCACUAGUCACACAAAAUUCUGAUGGUGUUUUUAGCUUUGAUUGCCAGGCGAACGGUAAAACCGUCAUCAGUGCGUCUAACAUCGGAUUUUCUACCUCCAAUGGUGAUGUUGGACCCGAAUUUAGUUCUUGCACAGCUCAAGACCAAAGCUACACUGUUGAAUCGUACAACACCAUCGCAGGUAGGAGUCAAUCCCAUUAUGCCCCCUACCAAACACAGACCUUCAACUGCAAAACGUCCAAUGGUCAAUCUAGCUCCGUAGACGUUCGAGUGGGGAUCGAUGGUUGUGCUUUCCGCGUCGGCUUCCCUGAUGGUCAAUACACUAUCAAUAGUGAAAGUUCAACGUGGACUUUUGCUCAGAACGGUGCUUCUUUCUUGAUGGAUGAUCCUGACAAUACGUCAUACGAAGGAGAAUGGGAACAAAGCGAUGCCGAGACAGGUUUACAAGGUUCGAAAAAUGUCCUGAUGCCCUAUCUUGUAGAUGCAAACUCUGCUGUCGCCAACCAAUGGGUUCUGCUUGAAGAAUCAGCCAUGGAUGGCUCUUUUGGCGGCUCUCAGCUUGCCCACAAAUCUGGUUCCUUGGCUUAUCAAUUUGUCUUUGCCGAAGGCGGAAAUGUCAAGGUGGAUGGCAGUAUUUUUUCACCUUGGAGAAUUGCCGUUGUGGCUGACUUGACAAACCUGUACCGCACAACGUUUGACGCAGACAACAUACCUUCCACCAACAUCAGCGAUGUAAGCUGGAUCAAACCCGGCCCAGUCUCUUGGUCAUGGCUGCCUGAACCCAAUUCUCCAUCAAAUGAAACUCGCCAGAUGGAAUAUGUUGAUCUUGCUUCUGAGCUGCAAUGGCCGUAUACCUUGGUUGAUGAGGGUUGGAAUGAAAAGUGGGUUCCCGAUCUCGUUCGCUAUGCUAACAAUAAGAGUGUGGAUAUCCUUUUGUGGUACAGUGCCAAUCAAUGGAACUCAACAGAUGCCGUCGCCAGCAACAUUGCCAAUUUGAAACAGUGGGGAGUUAAGGGUGCAAAGAUUGACUUCUUCCUGUCUGAUGUUCAAGCCAUUCAUGAUCAACAAACUUAUAUUUUAUCACAGAUGGCUGCCGCACAACUUAUGGUCAACUUCCAUGGUACGCCUCCUCCUCGUGGUAACCAACGUACCUGGCCUCAUCUUCUGACGCAAGAAGCUAUCCGUGGUGACGAGCAUCCAGCUUAUUCAUUCCGUAAUACCGUUAUUCCAUUUACACGAAAUUUGGUGGGUAGCAUGGAUUUCACCCCAGCUCUUUAUACCGUGGCGGGAGUUAAUGGUGGAAGUCAAGAACAACAAGAACAGCAGUCCGCUCAAUGCUCUGUCGGUUGUGGCCUUGGCGAAUCGAUCGCUUUCGAAUCGGCUUGGCAACAUAUUGGUGAAAAGCCUGAAGUGAUUAGAAAUUAUACUCUUGCUGCUCGUUUCUACAAGGGACUUCCUUCCGUUUGGCAAGCCAGUACAGUUUUGCCUAAUUCGUAUCCUGGUAAAGCUUUCGCCGUUGGUCGUUACUAUCAACCUUCUGAUCGUUAUUAUUUCGGUGCAGUCUUUAAUGGUGAUGCACAAACAUUUGAAUUGCAACCUACUAUACUACCAAACGAUAAGAAAUUCAUUCUAGAUAUCGUCAGCGAUGGCAAUGACGAUGACAGUGAUCGCACCAGUAUUAUGCGUACGAUUGUUACUGAUGUCAGUAGUACUUCAACCGUCAACGUACACGUCAAGAGUAAUGGUGGAUUUACAGCAAUUGCUUGCGAGACUGCAGGUUCAGACGGUGGAUGUCUGGCAACCCUUUAA